AUGUCGUCUCUCACCGUUCCUCCACCAACAUGUCUGAGGAGGCCGCUGGUCGUCCCGCAUCGACACAUGUUUGGACCGGGACCGUCCAACGCUCCACAGAGGAUCCUAGAAGCAGGGGCCAAGCCUGUGAUCGGACACAUGCACCCAGAGAUAUUUGAGAUCAUGAGCGACAUAAAGAGUGGCAUCCAGUACAUGUUCCAGACUCAGAACAGAGUAUCGUUUGCAGUGAGUGGGACGGGGCACACGGCGAUGGAAUGCGCCAUUUUCAACGCUGUGGAGCCCGGGGAGAGCGUCCUGAGCGCGGUCAACGGCAUCUGGGGUGAACGGGCAGCCGACAUGGCAGAGAGGAUAGGUGCCAAAGUAAACACUAUUGUGGCGCCCCCUGGUGGAUUCUUCAGUCUGGAAGAAAUUGAGCAGGCUUUGAUACAAUACAAACCUGUGCUGCUGUUUGUGACCCACGGAGAGUCCUCAACCGGGGUCUUGCAUCCUCUGGCCGGCAUCGGAGCUCUCUGCCACAGGUAUGACUGCUUGUUACUGGUUGAUUCUGUGGCAGCGAUGGGAGGAACACCUUUGUAUAUGGAUCAGCAAGAGAUAGACAUUUUGUACACAGGAUCUCAGAAGGUGCUGAACGUUCCUCCAGGUACAGCUCCCAUCUCCUUCAGUGACAGAGCAUGUCAGAAGAUUUUCAACCGUAAAACCAAACCAGUUUCCUUCUUCUUGGACCUGAGCUGGCUGUCAAACUACUGGGGAUGUGACGACAAGCCAGCAAGAGUCUACCACCACACUGGGCCCAUCACAGCUUUCUACUCUCUGAGAGAAGGCCUGGCUGUCCUUGCAGAAGAGGGUCUUGAAAACUCCUGGAAACGACAUGAGUCCGCAGCAGAGUAUUUCCACUCUGGUUUAGAGAGCAUGGGCCUAAAGCUUUUUGUCAAGGAAAAAAAAGCCAGAUUACCAACAGUUACUACCAUUGUGGCUCCGCAUGGAUACGACUGGAAAGAAAUCACAGCGUACAUAAUGAAAACUCAUAAUCUGGAGAUAUCAGGAGGACUUGGUCCCUCUGUCGGUCUGGUCCUGCGUGUUGGACUGAUGGGAUGCAACAGCACUAAGGCCAGCGUUGAUAUGGUUUUAGCAGCUCUCAAAGAUGCUCUGAAACACUGCCACAAGAGCAAAGUGUAA